ACAAGGUACGUCACAUCGCUUACUUAUUAAAACGGAAAUAAACACAUACGUGAUGUAUGGCGAAAUACCAUACUGUACUUUACGAUUAUAAUUUAUUUGAUCAUGCUUAAUUGCGAAAUAUGUAAUAACAUUAUAAUAAAACGUGCACUUUCGGAUUCAAGCAGACUCUUCUAAACCUUUUGUCGAGUGUACUGUACCAGUAGCAAAGGAUACUGUAUAUCAUUUCGUGCAGGACCGACAAGAUGGCUGGGGCGACAUGGUUCGGCCAGUUCAAGGCAAUAACAUGGAAAACGUUAUUGCUGAAACGGAGAAAUAUGAACACAACAUUCUGGGAAUUCUUUUCUCCGGUAAUGUACGUGGCAAUUUUGGCGGCAAUUAAAGGAACAAUAGUACAAGAUCCUUUGCCACAGUUUGGCGGAUUUCCGGACUACAACAUCCAGAAUGAAACCUUUGUCAACAGCUUUCUUGGGGAAACUGGCACCAAGCGACUUUUGGUCACCCCAGAUGAUUUAAAUGUGCAAGCCAUUAUGACCGAGUUUUCAAGCAUUUUCAAUGCAACCUACGGUAGAAAGUUGAAUAUCGAAUAUUUUCAAACUAAAACAGACGCAGAAAAUGAAUUUCUCAAUAACUCCACCAGCGUGCUUGCAGGAAUCAUAUUCAAUUAUGGAGGAAGGGGAAAUAUGAGUUAUGCUUUGCGUUAUGCUAAGGAUUCAGUGCCGUCCUCACAGUACAGUGGCCUGUUCACUCCCCAGAGUGAAUGCCGAAGGAAAGAUGGAGAUACACAAGUGAAUGACAAUGGACUUCAGCAUGACGGAAAUUGCAAGGUCAAUUAUUACUGGUUCAACGGAUUUGUUCAACUGCAAACAGCCAUCGACGCUGCUCUGAUAAAGAACAAAUAUGGCGUAUCCUAUUCAACCAAUAACAUCUCCGUUCAGAUGCUCCCCAAGCCAGCCUUUCAGGCUGACAAUUCCUGGAUACUGAUCAUGUCAUCCAUGUAUUUUGUCCUUGCUUAUCUCCCCUUGGUCAGCUAUUUCACAGUGGCGCUUGUCGCUGAGAAAGAGAAAAAAAUUAAGGAAGGCAUGAAGAUGAUGGGGCUGAAGACCUCUGUGUUCUGGAUAUCAGCGUUUUCUGUGUUCAUGGUUACGACAGUGGUUGUCACGGUGAUUGUGACCAUUAUCGCAGUGGCGGCAAGUUUCCUCCCCAACAGCAACUAUGGGUUGUUCUUCAUCUUCCUCAUCAUAUAUGGCAUUUCCAUGAUAUCCCUCGCUUGUAUGCUGGCACCAUUCUUCAAUAAAGCCAUGAGUGCAGGAGUUGUGGCUAGCAUGGCAACGAUGAUCACCAGCUGUUUGUACCUGGCUGUGAGUCUCACCCGGAAAUACGAAGCGGGAACAGGCAGUGUCUCCUACUCCAUACCUGUGUACGGUCGUUGGCUCAUGUGUCUCCUGUCUCCAGUAGCCUUUGCUCUCGGCAUGGACCAGGGCAUUUACCUAGACCUAAAUGGAGGGUUGACGGCAGAAACGGCCCGUCACGGAGAGUUCCCUUUCGUUGCCCCACUGUGCAUGCUUUUGCUGGAUUCCAUUCUCUACUUCCUGCUGGCCAUAUACUUUGACAACAUUAUUCCUGGAGAGUAUGGACCACGUCGGAAGCCCUACUACAUAUUCCAGCCAUCGUACUGGUGUUCCGGGCAGAGCCAUAAUGUAAGAGUGUCAUACUCUAAUGGGAACCUUGAUUGUGAGGAGAUCGAGGAUAUGUCAGGUGACGGAGUGGAUGUAGAGCCUGUCCCUGCGAAUAUGAAGUCCAAGGUUGCUGUCAGAAUCAAAGGCUUAACUAAAAUCUACAAAAGUACCGAAAACAAGAAGGAAGAGGUGAAAGCUGUGAACAACCUGUCACUGAAUAUGUAUGAGGGUCAGAUAACCGCCAUUCUGGGACACAACGGGGCGGGGAAAACCACUCUGAUGAACAUUCUUACUGGAAUGACCUCCGCCACUUCAGGAUCAGCAAAGGUUAAAGGGCUUGAUGUAUCAAACAGCCAGGACAUUGAACUCCUGCGCUCAAUGACCGGAGUCUGCCCCCAGCACAACACACUGUUUGACGAGCUCACCUGCUAUGAACACCUCCGACUGUUUGGCGGCAUUAAAGGAAUUUUAGAUGUAGAUAAAGAGAUUGAUGAAGCCCUUGAGAGUGUUGACCUCGGGGAACAGAAGAAUGUUCGUGCUAGCAAUCUGAGCGGAGGCCAGAAACGUAAACUUUCAGUGGCCAUUUCCAUCAUUGGAGAUCCUAAAAUCAUUUUUCUGGACGAGCCGACUGCCGGGAUGGACCCGUACGCUCGACGCUGCCUCUGGGAAACAUUGAAGAAUAAAAAGGCGGGAAGAGUCAUUCUUUUGACCACACAUUUUAUGGAUGAGGCAGAUAUCUUGGCUGACAGAAAAGCUAUUGUGAACAAAGGCUCUCUUCGUUGCUGUGGAUCGUCGUUUUAUCUUAAAAACAAGUUUGGCAUUGGUUACCAUCUGAACAUGGUGGUGGAGCCAGACAGUGAUUCCUGCCGUAUUGGUGACCUUGUGAGUGAGGUCAUUUCGGGGUCAGAGGUAAACAGGGUCCACGGUAAGGAACUUGACAUCACACUGCCCCAGACAGAGGUGGAAAGGUUUGCUGAUCUUUUCUCAAAGUUAGAAAACAAAGCUACUGCAAAAUCUCUUGGAAUAAAGAAUUUUGGCAUUUCCAUGACAACCCUAGAAGAGGUUUUCUUAAAACUAGAGGAAGAUGUGGAAGAUGUUGAACUAGAAGAACGGGAAGCACAAGUGAACGACACAUCAACGCUGGUGCCUCCUCGGAUGAAAAAAUAUGGCAGCGCAGUUAAUGUAAACAUUACUGGCAACAGCAACCCAUCUGACACAGUCGAGUGUGUAACAGGAAGCGUUCUAGCUCGACAGAGGCUUUGGGCAAUUUUUAUCACAGUAUUCAGGACACAUUUACGAAAUUUCAUGGCUAACUUGUUUGGAGUGAUCAUGCCCGUGGUGUUGGUCGUAGUUGGUAUUGUGUUGUCCAAAAAUUUGCAGUCUAAAUAUGAAAACAGUGGUCAAGAGCAAGAAAGUCUUGGAAUGAGCCCGGCAUACUAUAUGAAGAUGAUAGGUUCUACUAGUCAGACAUUUCCAUACAACACUGUGCCCAAACUGCUCAUGAGAGAUAACGUCAAUACCACGAUGUCUUCAAGCUUUGUGUCUGGUCUGUCCAGCACUUUUCAGACGGAUUCAACCCUGGACCCCUCCUACUUCACAGACAUGUACACACUGCUACAAAAAGGGGUCGCCCCACAUUACAUCGGCUUUCAGAUCAAUCAGUUGGCUUAUGCGAAUCAAAUUCUGACCAGUGCAUACAAGGUAUUUUACAAUGACUCGGCAGUGAGUUCGAUCCCCGUGGCUGUCAACCUGUACUCAAAUUCGCUGCUGACCAUGGUCAGAACCAUAACUGGAAACACUGAAAACAGCACGCUGGAAGUGAGUAGUUUCCCUUGGCCAGACUACUCUGUGAAGAAACAGUAUAAUGGUGGGGCAUUUGCCUCCACCCUUCUUGUUGGAAUGGCCUUUAGCUUCAUCACCGGGGGAAUUGGAGUUGACCUUGUUAGAUUGAGGCAGUGGAAGGUACGGAGCCAACUGCGCGUGUCAGGUAUGCCCUUUUCCCUCUACUAUCUGGGCAUUUUCCUUGUACACGCUGCCAAGAUCGCUUUACCAGGCCUCGUUACCAUCAUCCUCGUCUUAGCACUGCGGGUACAGACCCUGCUGAAUGGUGGAGCGAUCCUGAGUUUCCUCCUCACAUGCCUGUUUUACAUUCCCCCAAGCAUUCUGUUCCCAUACUGCCUCUCCUUCCUGUUUGUGAAAUGGGAGUCGGCUUCCUCUGUUCUCCCUAUUCUAGUUAUUCUUACUGGUUACCUCCCCUACAUUCCGAUAUCCAUCUUGGACAUGGUUUUGACGUCAGACGUACCGGCUAUCAUACACUAUAUUUUCUGCGUUAUUGACCCUCCGUACCUGGUCUUUGGAGGGCUUUAUCACAUAGACAAGGUGUACCAGACCGCUGCAUUGAAUGGCAGGCAAGACAAGAUAGAGUUUGGAGACUAUUUCACGUUCUCCAGUAGAAUACCAAUUGUCUGGAUCAUGGCGGUGAUUCACACCAUCUUACUGUUCUUCUUGCUACGAGUAUUUGACAUUCGCAAAUCUGGGGGCGACGUCAGUGAUGCGUGUUUUCCAAACAGAGAACAUAGCGGUCCUCUGCCAAAUAAUGAUGUGAUCCAGGGUGAGGAUGAUGACGUUAAGGCUGAGAGAACAAGAGUUAAUAACCUUCUACAAAGCAGCUCUAAGAGACCAGUAGCUGUGGUAGAAAACUUAAGACGAGAAUUCCAAAAAGGUGCCGAGGACAGAAAGUGUUGUGCGAAGGGAGAUGAUGCUGUAAAGGUUGCUGUUCGUAACCAGACAUUUGCAGUCGAGGCAGGGGAGGUUUUUGGGCUGCUGGGGCCAAAUGGUGCAGGGAAAACAACGACACUUAACAUGAUGAUAGCAGACGUAGCCCCUACAGGUGGUCAGGUUUUAGUUUCGGGGUAUGACAUUCGCUCAGAGAUAUCAGAAGCGUUCCAAAUGGUGGGGUACUGUCCCCAGCAUGAUGCUCUUAUUGAACAAAUCACUUUACGAGAACAUUUGGUAAUGUACGCCAGGGUUCGAGGAAUUCCCAGCGAUCGGAAUGACGAAAUUGUGGACUAUUAUAUAGACAAUCUGAAGCUGAAGGAACAUGAGAACAAGUGGGUGGAGAAACUCUCCGGCGGAACCAAGAGAAAGUUGAGCUACUGUAUGAGCAUGUUGGGUCGACCAAGAAUAGUCCUGCUUGAUGAGCCCUCUACAGGCAUGGACCCUCAAUCAAAAAGAUUUCUCUGGGAUACAAUAUCUGAGAGUUUUGAGAGUUCAGAGCGCGGGGCGAUCCUGACCACCCACUAUAUGGAGGAGGCCGAUGCUCUCUGUUCUCGUAUUGCUAUCAUGGUCAACGGGAAAAUGGAAUGUCUUGGAUCAAGUCAACAUCUUAAGAACAAGUACGGAAGUGGCUAUUUGCUUGAAGUCAAAUUGAAAUCAUCUGAAGAUCAGAUUUUCCUAAGUCAAAAUAUUGAGCGUCUCCAUGACUACAUACGGAAAUUGUUUCCCGGGGCAACAGUGAUGGAACAGUUCAGUGAGCGCAUUCAGUAUAGAGUGCCCAAGUCAAACGUGAUUUCACUGUCAAGGACAUUCCAGGUUCUUGAAGAUGGAAAGACAGACUACGAAAUAGCAGAGUACAGUUUUAGCCAGGCGACGCUAGAGCAGGUUUUUCUCGAGUUUGCACGUAAACAGAUGGAUGAGAACCUGACGGUCGAGGAAGUGGAGGCAGAGCGGACAAGGUCUAUUCAACGUGCAACAUCACUCGAGGGGGCGUCACCACAACACACUGCCCCAUAUGGACGGACAAACUCACAAUAUCAACCAGAGACUUGGGAGGUGCCACCUGUUGUUAAGCUUUAAAGAGUUUCAUUCAUCAUGCUUCUUGUUGGGAGGCAAGCAAAUACAACAUACCACACAUACAGAGGGACAAACUCACAAAAUGAAGCAAAGACCACAGAAAUACCACCGGCUGUUAAGCUUUCCGGAUUUUCCUAUCAAUGUGUUUCAUUGCUUGCCACAACAACAAAAUUUCACAAUCAUACAUACAGUCGAACUUCGUUAUGUCGACUUUUUCGGGACCUAGUAAAAAAAGUCGAGAUAACUAAAAAUUCGACUCAUCCGAAUUACAAAAAAUAUCACCAAUACCAACACGUUUGAGUUGGAUUGUCCGAUGUUUACAUCCACAAUUGAACGGUCUUGUUAAAUAUUUUCGUCGUGAAAAGAGCAAACUAAUUAUUGAAAAAUAAAGUGAAACAAAAGAAGAAUUAUUUGUGUCAAAUUUAUUUCUUUUGCGUUUAUGGAUCACUCAAAACAUAUAUAAAAAGACAAUUGCAUACAUUUGUACAUUGUAAGAUUUUAUACCGGGUCCUUCUCUGAAUUGGUCGACCAGAGCAGUGGAACUAACAUUUGACAUUUAUUUAUAUAAUGAAUUUUUCUUUCUGUUCCCAUUCGGGAGUGAUAUCUAAUCAUUAAAAUGUUCAUGUUUUAUACAAUACCAAAGAGCUUGAGCAAUAAAUGUCUCUUUAAUUAAAUACAUAAACAAACAACUUUAAUUAUUCGCACUUACCAAUUACAUUUUUGUAUCCCCCUAUUAUGAUAGUUUGUUAUAUUGACACGCACGGUAUUUUGCGACAUGCCGCAAACCAUCAUGAAUAUUUUCACACCUACGUCUCGAUCUACAGUUCGACAUAAAGAACAUAGGAAAUGUGUCAAAUUCGACCACUGGGACUGAAAAACGAGGUCGACAUAGCGAAAAAGUCGAGAUAAAAAAAAUCGACACAAACAGAUUUAUUUUAUAUAGAAUAAGAAGGAAUAAAUUCGGGACCGGAAAAAAGUCGACAUAACCGGAAAGUCGACUUAUCCGACGUCGACAUAGCGAGGUUCGACUGUAGAUUAUUGGGAAUGACUACUUAUUGUUAAUCUUUAUGGAUUUUUGUAUAAUUUACUGUGCAAGAUUUCCCAAAGGGGCGUCACAGUAACACAUGAUAAAACUGUGUACACUGUAUGGAAUACAAAUGCACAUAAUUAGCUGAUCCUAAAUUCCCAAAAUAAUUGAACUUACCAGGAUUAAGUGUUAAUAUUUGGGAAAUGCAUGGCCUUGAGAUGACAGAAGGACCAGUUGUUGAGAAGUUUAAGGAAUCAUCUAUCCUUUCCUUUCCAUUAUACCUUUAUUCAUGCCAUACCGUUUUUGUUUAAAUAUAUAAAUAUUGUUUUAUGGUGCUUAAUAAAGAUGUUUUAGUUGGUCUGCAUACCUUUCAGACCUAGUGUAAUUUAUCUUGCAGUUAUUUUUAAACAGAAGUUUAACCUCAAAUAGAAGUAUAGCUGAAUUUUGAAAGACAUUUUUAUUAUUGUUUUUAGUUGAAAUGUGUAGUACAGUAUGCUUUUGCCUUUAUAUGAAACUGCUUUUCCUUCAUCCUCAAAAAUAUGACAAAAAUAAAAACAACAUGACAGCUUAUGUAAUUUUGAACAUGACGAACAUUUCUAUGGAUUUUUUUUGUAUUUUUACAUGCCUAUUAUGCUGCAGUUCAAAGUUAUCAUAGUAAUUUCCUGCUCUUUUACAUCAACAAAACGACAACCACCAAUAACAACUUGAAAAACAUUAAAUAACACAUUAUCUCAAUGUGCUAUGCUUAAUAUGCAAACUUACUAUUUUUUACAUAAUGGAACUGCAUAAUUCAUUUAAUGUAUUUUUGCAAUGGUUCUAUUGUUAAGACUUUUAUUUGUUACUGUAUGAUAGUUGGCACGUUAAUAGAACAGAUUCUGUGAUAUAUAAAAAUAUAGUUAUAACCUCUUAAAUGUUUUAUGUACAGAGUCUUUGUAUUUUGAAUGGCCUUCCUACAGUUUUAGUUUAUUAAGUAAAUGGCUAGAGUGUAUUCAAAACAAGUAUAUUUUCUUUGGUUUCUCUGUUCCUUUGAAUAAAUAGGAUAAUAGUAGUAAAUUA